AUGGAGCCGAGACGCAGAGAUCUACCUGUCGGAUUCAGGUUUCGUCCAACCAAUUAUGAGAUUUCAACUUACUUCUUGAAGAAGAAAGCUUUAGGACAACCAAUAACUAAUCGUAUUGUCCCUGAAGAGUGUCAUGAUAUCUUCUCAAGACAUCCUCGUGAUUUGCCUGGCUAUCCAGAAGAAGACCAUUAUUACUACUUCUGCAGAAAACGUAAGGACCAAGUUAGUACUACUAACUCUCAAAAUGUAUGGACACCUAUCAGAGAAGCAACUGAUGUGUUAGAUCGAAGGAAUAAUAAUGCAUUAGUCGGCAUCAAACUUCGGUUCACUCUCGUCGAACACGAACAAGAAGAAGACAAUUGGUUCUUGGAUGAAAUCAGCCUGCCAGAGACAAUUGCAGAAACUGAUUGGGUUUUUUGCCAUAUUUUCCUCAAAAUCAAACCUGAGUUUGUUGAUUUACCUAUACUCGAAUCUGAAUCCGAAGAAGAAGAAGAAGAAUAA